CCGUGAAUUACCAGUUGAAAGAAGUUACUCAUUGACAAAAUGCGUUUUUUCGUCACCCUGUUGUGUACCGUUUUGGUGGCAUCGGCUUCUGGCCAGGACUCUGUGAGGGGACGACCAGCACGUUCCGCUCAAAUCAAACUGGCGGUGGAGCCCCUGGAGUUGGAGCCUCUGGAGUUAGAGCCACAGUUGGCGGUGGAACAGCUGGCAGUUGAGCCUACUCUGUUUGUACAGAAUCCCCGUAUUGUUCCUGCAGUUCUGCCCAUAACAGACACCAAAGACUAUCUUCCCAAAGCAUCGGCUGGCAAGCGUCGCAUCAUACCCUAUGCUGGCUAUCCCCGCUACUGGCCCGAUUACGGUGCACCUGCUGAUAACUGGUACCGCUGGAAUUCGGGUCCUCGCUACUGGAAUGGCCCUCGCUCUUGGAUGGGCUACCCCGGCUCGGCUCCUUCUUGGCCCAGGCGCAGACUGGUGAAGCCUCUGGCUAACAGCAUCCCUGUAUCUGAUCCUAAUGCCGCUGUGGACGUCGAUGAUGCUAUCGCCUCUGACGUAGUUCCCGUUCCCGUUCCCAUUCCCGAAAUUGCUAUCAUUCCUGAGCAGUCCGCUAUUCCUGAUACUGAUGCUGAGCUGGCUGAUCCCGAAGUGUCUGCCCAGGUGAUCAGCUAAAUUUAUUUCAAAUAAAUUUUAUAUAAAGCAA